AUGUCCACUUCCACUCCUCUACGCAUGCCUCUAGGUGUACGUUAUGAUGAUCUUCCUCCUCGACCAUUAUUAAAUCAUCCCUCUCCAGGACCUUCUUCCCAAGAAUCAUCCCCCAAGAACAAGCACAAAGGUUUGGGGAAGCUACGAUGGCAUCUGUCUUUAGGGGGGAAGAAGAAAGAAGAGCAGAUAAAACCUCUUUCACCUACAUCAAACCUCCUUGGACCCUCUAAAGAUGGACACGAGAAUGGAAUCACGAAUGACUGGAACAUCGAUAGUGAUCCAGAGGAUGAGGGACAAGAUUCGUAUAGCUGGAUAGAUCCCAGUGUCGUUGGUACAGACGGACUACGAGUAACGCCCCCCCAAUCCGAUGCAUCUAAUCCACAUCCGCCACUGCUACGAGAUCAUUCACUCCCCUCUUCUCUUCAAGGAAUUCUCACACCUCCUUUGCCAAGCCGGUCAACGAACCAAUCGGGUAGACCUCGCUUGAACCCAAACGAUUCAUACCAGCUUUUACUUUCUUACCAAUCAGCGUCGUACUCUGAUUCCUCCGGCUCACAUUCCGGUCAUGAACCUGCAUACUGCGACAUUGCCAAUUUGGAAUGGCACGAGUUGGUCAACCCUCUCCUUGUGCAAUCCCUGGAACAGAAAGAGGUUCGUCGCCAGGGUCUAUGGUGGGAGUUGGUACGUGGUGAGAGAGAAUAUGUUAAAGAUUUGCACACGAUAAGCGAGGUGUUUAUACAACCUCUUAGAACUGCAGACCAAUUGUUGUUCUCAUCAAAAGAAAAAUUAGAUGCUUUCAUUGCAGAGGUAUUUAGUUCCGUUCAGGCCAUACAAAUGGCCCAUAUCCGUCUCCUCGAUAGACUUAUGGAGAGGCAAAGAGCAGAAUGGCCGUUAAUUACUUCCGUUAGCGAUCUACUGCUGGAUUCAUUUCUGACCUCUGCGGAGUUAUAUGAACAAUAUAUGAAAAACUACCCAUUUGCCGAAUCUCGGGUUAAGAGAGAAGUCUUGACCAAUCCGGGGUUCCAGCAAUUUCUGAAAGAGCGAAACAACAUGGAACUCACGCGGAGAAGGGACCUCUCAGUCUUCCUCUCUAGACCUCUCACCCGUCUGCCUAGGAUAUUGUUACUCCUCGAGGCAAUCUUGAAAGUCACCCCCGUGGACCAUCCAGACAAGGAAGCGAUACCCACCGUGGUAGCGGUGCUCAUCCGAGUAGUGAGAAGUAGCCAGCCCGGGAUCGAGAGUGCGGAAUCCAAGAUAAAACUUUGGAACGUCGCUGAGCGGCUUCUGAACAAAAAGGGGGAGAUCGUAGAUCUCGAGCUGGGUGACCCAAAGAGAAGCCUUGUUCAUUCUGCCUAUGUUUUCCGCAGAGUUCGUAGCGAGACAAAUUGGCAUUUAUGGCAAGACUUGCAUGCUUUUCUUCUGGACAAUUAUCUCCUUCUCACGAGAGAUGAGGAGAAUGGGAAAUAUGUCAUUGUCUCCAGACCUAUUCCAUUAGACAUCUUGGAGCUUGUUUCCGCUGAUGGAGCACCCGAGAGGCGGUAUGACUUCAUCACACAAUAUCGUAGACGGUCAGGUGGUGAACAACUUCCUGCUAUCGGACCAGAAAGGUUAAUGUAUCCCUUUACCAUCUCUACUGGGGCUCAUGGACGGACGUAUACCUUGUGCACGGCCACUGAAGCUGCGAGAGAAGAGUGGAAGGCCAUGAUUGAGAAUACAAAGCGCCUUCGACAGUUUGAUCUGGAGAGUAACCGUAUAUUCGCUGUUCAUAUCCUUCACCUACCAUCGAUCGUUCGUGAUCCCAUCACAACGGCAGAGACAUUCACUUGGUUAGACCGAGAAACUUUGGCAGUAGCUAGUGCCAGUUCUGUCUGGAUCGGUUGGCGGCGUGAUCCUGUCUCGUAUCAGGAGAUGAUCAGAUUUGCCACUGGCACGAUAACCACUCUCACUAUCAUCCCUGAUUUCCCUUGGUUACUCGUACUUCGAGCUCAUGCUUUGUACGCUUAUAACUUGGCGGACAUGCUACCAACGUUCAGCCCUUCAACUUGGCAAAUGAAGGGAACGAUACAAGGCGAGACAAUUAGCGCUCCAGAACAUGUCGUGGCUUUUGUCAGAGUAGGGAAGAUGAAGGGUCGUACUCUCAUCGUCUACGCUGUUCAUUCUCGCAACUCCCAUUCCACCCUUUUGAGCUUUCAUGAACCAUUGUAUCAAAAUGAUCCUCAUUCUCCUGCAUUCAGACAUUUCUCAACUUUAUCAGUAUCAGGUUACGCAUCUGAAAUCCUAUUCUUUCGAGUCACCAUCACUGCCGUCACGGAGAAAGGUUUUGUCGUUGUCGAACCCGGUAAUCCGAACCAGAAUUAUCUGCCCCAUUUUCCUCAUGACGUAGCUCAAGAUGCUCCAGUGGUCAGGUUAGCAAGUCAUGGAACUGCUUUGGGGAUGUAUCAGGUUAGAAAGGAAGAGUUUUUGUUGGUGUAUGAUUGGGGAGGCUGUUAUGUGGAUAAGCUCGGCACAGUCACCAGAAACGGUGUCAUCCUCCGAUGGAACGUCGCUGCUUCCUACUGCGUCUACCGUGAUCCUUAUCUUAUAUUCUUUGACGACUCGACAGGUCGGGCGGAGGUCCGACAUGAACCAACUGGCAGAUUAUGCGAAGUGACAGAAGAGAAUGGUAUGAAAGCGUUGAGAUUGGCUAGGAAUGAUCAAGCGAUUUUGGCAUUGGGAUCGAGAGGGUUAAUCCAACUUGUUGAGACGGUAGCAUUGUGA